CUACUUCUUUUAAACAUUUUUUUUUUAAUUAUUGGACGGACUGGAGUGGAAGCGAGUCUUAACUGAGCUCUGGCUGGAAAAUAGAAGGUGACCUCAGCAGGAUGAGAGCUCAUUGUUGAAGAUUACCACAUUAUGACAUCAUCAGGCCCCACCCAAUCCUCCCACCUUUGUCUUCAUUAUCUUCACAUCUGCCCUGGCCUCCCGUCCACCUCGUGGUUCCGUCUCCUGAUGUCCCUCUGGCUGUGGAUUGGGGAUCAGCUGGUCUUGGUGAGCGCUUCCCACCAGCACGUCCACCCACACUCCAUAAAGAUAGCUGGUGACAUCACUCUGGGGGGAUUGUUCCCUAUCCAUGCUCGCGGCCCACACGGUGUGAACUGUGGCGAGCUGAAGAAGGAGAAGGGGAUCCACCGCAUGGAGGCCAUGUUGUAUGCUCUGGACCAGAUCAACGGUGACUCUGAGCUGCUGCCCAACAUCACUCUGGGGGCCCGGAUCCUGGACACCUGCUCUAGAGACACCUACGCGCUGGAGCAGUCACUUACCUUCGUCCAGGCACUGAUCCAGAAGGACACGUCUGACAUACGUUGCUCCAACGGGGAGCCUCCCCUCAUCCGCAAACCUGAGAGGGUGGUGGGAGUGAUCGGGGCAUCAGGCAGCUCCGUAUCCAUCAUGGUGGCCAACAUUCUGCGUCUUUUUGAGAUCCCUCAGGUGAGUUAUGCAUCCACAGCUCCGGAGCUCAGUGACAACAAUCGCUACGACUUCUUCUCUCGGGUGGUUCCUCCAGACUCGUACCAGGCUCAGACCAUGCUGGAUAUCGUCAAAGCUCUGGGCUGGAACUACGUCUCCACGCUGGCGUCCGAGGGAAACUACGGAGAGAGCGGUGUUGACGCCUUCAUGCAGAUCUCCAGAGAGGAGGGUGGAGUAUGUAUCGCUCAGUCAGUGAAGAUUCCUCGUGAGCCAACAGCUGGUGAGUUUGACAAGAUCAUCAAACGUCUGAUGGAGACGAGUAACGCUCGAGGAGUGAUCAUAUUUGCCAAUGAAGACGACAUCAGGCGUGUUCUUGAGGCUGCACAACGUGCUAACCUGACAGGACACUUCUUGUUUGUUGGGUCAGACAGUUGGGGAGCGAAGAGUUCACCAGUUACUGAGCUGGAGGACGUGGCUGAAGGCGCUGUUACUAUCCUGCCCAAACGAGCUUCAAUUGACGGGUUCGAUCAGUACUUCAUGUCUCGUUCUUUGGAGAACAACCGCAGGAACAUCUGGUUCGCUGAGUUCUGGGAGGAUGAUUUCAGAUGCAAACUGACCCGUCCUGGAAUCAAACUGGACUCUGACAAGAAGAAAUGCACAGGCGACGAGAGGAUCGGCCAGGACUCGUCCUAUGAGCAGGAGGGCAAGGUUCAGUUUGUGAUUGACGCUGUCUAUGCUGUUGCCCACGCGCUCCACAACAUGCACCAGGACCUCUGUCCCAGCAGCAACGGCGUCUGCAACGACAUGGACCCUGUGGAGGGACGCCUACUGCUGGACUACAUCAGAGCAGUCAACUUCAAUGGAAGUGCAGGGACGAGUGUUUUGUUCAAUGAAAAUGGAGAUGCUCCAGGACGAUACGACAUCUUCCAAUUUCAGAUGACCAAUCACAGUCAUCCUGGUUACCAUGUGAUCGGCCAGUGGACCAAUAACCUGAGACUCAACCUGGAGGAGAUGCAGUGGUCUGGAGGAGAUAAAUCAGUACCAGAGUCCAUCUGCAGCUUCCCAUGUAAACCAGGAGAGAUCAAAAAGAUGGUCAAAGGUGUUCCCUGCUGCUGGCACUGUGAGCUCUGUGACGGUUAUCAGUACCAGCUGGAUGAGUUUAACUGUGAAGCAUGCCCCCUCGACAUGCGGCCUGCCCCCAACCGGACCACCUGCCGUCCCACCCCCAUCAUCAAGCUGGAGUGGAACUCCCCCUUUGCCUUAGUGCCUGUCUCCCUGGCCGUGCUCGGUAUCACAGCAACCUGCACUGUGGUGAUCACCUUCAUCCGCUUCAACGACACGCCCAUUGUCAGGGCGUCGGGGAGAGAGCUGAGCUAUGUCCUUCUGGCAGGGAUUUUUCUGAUCUACCUGAUUACCUUCCUGAUGAUUGCCGAGCCGGGAGCGGUGGUGUGUGCAUUCCGGCGACUCCUGCUGGGCCUUGGCAUGGCCAUCACAUACUCUGCCAUGCUGACCAAAACCAACCGCAUCUACCGAAUCUUUGAACAAGGCAAGAAGUCAGUGACCCCACCCAAGUUCAUCAGCCCCGGCUCCCAGCUGAUCAUCACUUUCAUCCUCAUCUCUGUCCAGGUCCUUGGCGUGUUCGUGUGGUUUGGUGUCGUUCCUCCUCACACCAUCAUUGACUAUGAUGAGCUCCGCCCACCAAACCCAGACCUGGCCAGAGGCAUCCUGAAGUGUGACAUGUCCGACCUGUCGAUCAUCUGCUGCUUGAGCUACAGCAUCGUGCUCAUGGUAACAUGUACGGUAUAUGCAGUGAAGAGUCGUGGUGUUCCAGAGACAUUCAAUGAGGCAAAGCCAAUCGGCUUCACCAUGUACACAACCUGCAUCGUUUGGCUCGCCUUUGUACCCAUAUUCUUUGGUACCGCUCAAUCCAUCCAGAAGAUGUUCAUCCAGACAGCCACUCUGACAGUCUCCAUGUCAUUGAGCGCGUCCGUCUCACUCGGGAUGCUCUACAUGCCCAAAGUUUACGUCAUCAUCUUCCACCCUGAGGAAAACGUCCAGAAGAGGAAAAGGAGCUUUAAGGGUGUUGUUCAAGCAACCCAAUCAUUAGUAGAUAAACCCAAUGGAGAAAUGAAGAUUGUACCUGACAGAAGUCAGUAAAAAACUACAAACUGCAGGUAGCUGCUCACCAAUCCAUCUGCAGAGCUUGAUGACAUCAUCAACACCACCACCACCAUCAUGAUUAUGAAGAUCACAUGGACUAACAUUCAAACAAAGAAUACAACAGUUUUUAUUUAGAGUUUUUAUUGUGAAAAUGAAGUGUUCUUGUGGCCAGAUAGAAACUCUUCAAUGAGAACAUGCGUAACAGGUGAAUUUAGGUAACAAAUUCACCUGCUUCUGUUUUUUCUCAUGUCUGAACCUCUUCAAUUUCACAAUAAAACCAGCUGUUUUCACAACGUCUUCUGGAUAGUCAGACUCACUUGAGGGAUUCACCUGGUCCUCCUACGCUUUUUUUCAGCCCAUCAGAACAGCCCAGAACAUAAAGACUCACCCGGACUCACUUGAACAAGACAGAACAGGUUUCUGUUAGACGUAACACGUUUGCUACAGAUGCUUCAUACAGCCAGGCACAUUUGUGUUCUCAGUCCUGGUCAGUGUAACUGUUCAGGUGCACAAAGGUGACAGCUUAGAGUUACCUGUGUUCUAAACUUGGACUGUGAAGAAAAAAAAACUGCUAACCACGUAUUGUUAAGCUUACUGCUCUGGUGGUUGUUAGUGUGUAGAAUAACAACAAUUAUAUCACUGCACAAUCAGAGGGGUGGGCACAUGAAAGCUCUGACUGGCUUUUCCUGUAUGGUGAAUUGCAUUAUGAAGAAAUACUAAACUAUCCAGCCACUACUCACAUGCUACAGAAGUUUGAAUUUUGUGUACUAAAUUUGGGGGAAAUUAUCACACAUCAGGAGAGGACCAUUUGGUUCUGAAGACAGCUAGAGAGUAGUUGAGAGUUUCCUGGAGGAACCGAAUAUGUCUCGUGAUUCAGUUCUGGAACAUUUGUGGGCAAAUUCUGGAUUGGUCCUGGAACUGUUCCUCGUUGAGUCUGGAUAGGUUUUGGAACUGACAUAAGGUGUUUUCAGAUUAAACCCUGUUAAUUGUCCUGGAUGAAGAACUUGUGAACGUGUUUAAUGCAGGGGAGUGUAAAUGUAAGGCGUGUUAUUGUCUUCCUGGUGCCUGAAGCCGAGUUUGGGGGAGAGAAGAGGAGUUACGGCCCAUUUAUGCUCAACGCAGAGGACGGGUACGCCGACUCUUUUGUCCAUCUCCUGCAUCGUUUACGUGGAUAAUUUGGUCCGUUUUCAGGGCCCUUCAGGAUCCCUCACUUGACACAGCAAAUUAAGCAAUACCACCGGAAACCGUGGGGACAAUGUUGAGCAGAAUAGCCAACAUGCGACCAGCAAAACAAACCAUAGAAGAAAAAGAGGAAUUUGAAGUCCACAUGCAGCGAUGUAUUUAUUGGUUGAACAGACCACCAGGCCUGUUCACAGUAGACAGGCCGUCUACUGUGCUGUCUCUUUUUAUGUCUAUGAAAGUGUACAUUAUCACGAUUUCCUCCACUGUCACCAUGUUAGCUGAAACUGCAUCUUAUUAUUAUUUUUCUUUUUCUAAUGUUUUUGGGAACUUACAAACAACUAUGUAGUGGUGCGCCAACUGGUGUCUGAAACUUACAUCCAAACGCAGAAGUGAACUCUCUAAAUUGACUUAACCAAGGCAAAGUGAAAGACACAUGGAAGUAUGAGGGUGGCGACGUAUGACAAUGCUUAAAACGGACAAGCCUAUUUACGUACGUAAGGAAGCAUAAAUGGGCUUUUAGGUGUAGUUAUCGGGUGGUAUUCCAUAGCAUGACAGCCCCACUGUUUGGUUGAUUUCUCCAUCAUUUGAAGAAGCGGAUGAUGCAGCGCUGGGUGCCCUCCCCCAAAUAAUGAAGCACAUAUCUAAAUAAUGACCAGUCCUGUCUUCCUCUGGCAGUCCCGCUGUUGUCGUCGCUAACCCCAUAGAACUUCUUAAUAAAGCUUUUAAGUUUUCAAUGAACUGAGAGUUCUUCCUUGCAAAGCUUUAGUAGUCAGCUGCAUAUUACUGUUCCUGUAAUAUGCCAAUUUAUGGCAUCCUUAGCUCUGAGGGUGAAGAGCUUGCGGACAUCUUUGUCUUGUUAUCAAUAUAUCCCACCCAGGUCCUGCCAUCUCCGGUCACUCUGUUUAAAUCAGAUCUGACCCUUGUUUCAAUAGAACCUUGAAGACAAGUUAAUGAGAGGGACAUACCCCAACCUUGAAUCAGUUCAUGUGAAAAGGACUGGAGAAACGCAGUUUGGGAAAGUUUGGGUGACAAUUCUGAUCUAAUUUGUGGGUAAGUGUAGAUCUGAUUCUAGAUGAUUUUGGACAAGCUCUGGGACUGUUCUAUAUCUGUCCUGGAACUUUCUCUGGUGAGUUGUAGAUCUAAUCUGGAAAUGAUUUAGAUAAUGUUCCAAUAAUUUAAAUUUGGUAAGUUUGGAUCUGUGUAGGUUAAGUUCCAGUUCUAUUUUCAAGACAAGAUGUAGAUAUUUUAAGGACUAAUUCUGAAUUAUUUAUGGAUCAGCUCUUGACUGUUCUGGACAAGUUCUGGACACUUCUUCUGGAACCGCCCACAACUGUUAACUUCAGCUGCAGUUUCUCAAGUGAUCUCAGGCUCAGUCUGGGCGUUCUAUCUUCUAUCCUGUGAUUUAAUUGAUUUUUGUUUGUUCUUCUGCUUGAACUUCAAGUUUUCAGAUUUGUC